AUGUUACAACUCACCCCCACUAACUGCGCGCAACGUCCUCGUUGCGCACCUGGAUCGUCACCCCCUGACGGUGUGAGUCAAGGCCACUUCAACUUGACUCCACACUCUCGUCUGGGUUUGGCUCUGAUACCAAAUUAUAACGCCCCGACCGCCCCUCCCGGUGAGUCACCCACGCCCUCUCUCUGGCCCGCAGGCCCAUCUCGGCCCGUGGGCCUCACCCCUGUCCGACGGCCGGUCCGUUAUUUUCGAGAGGCUCUAAUGACUUGUUUACUAUCCCUGCAAUCAACACCUGACCUUUCCCCGUGUUUUGGCCUCACUCACACGGUUUCGGAAACCACUUCCCGAAAGGUCACCCAUCCUUCAACUACUCCAGCACAAGCACGCUUAACUGGAGUUACUUAUAGACCUUUGACCGAAAAGGUAAGUGCACUUUGUUGA